AUGGGUAGCUGUAAAUUGCGGAGAAGUAGUGAUGAAUGUGAGAUAUGUACGGCUUUGAGCGGGUCUGUUUGGGCAGGCGUAACAGUGCAUUGUUUUGAAAAUCGUAGUCGUAGAGGUGGCUACGAUGGAGGCGUUGGUCGGAAUGGUUUUGGAGGUGAAAGAAGAUUUGGCUUUACACGGGGGAAAAGUGGUCCAGGUCGCGAAAAUAUCGCCGGUAGAGGUUUACAAGGCAUUGAUUGGAACCUGCAAAAGUUAAAACCAAUUGAAAAGAACUUUUAUCAGGAGUCACCGAUUGUAUCACAGCGCCCUCAGUACACCAUAGACAGCUGGUUGUUGGAAAAUCAGGUAACAGUAGAGGGGCGGAAUGUUCCGAGGCCCGUAUUUGAUUUCACUGAGACUGGUUUUCCUGAAGUUAUAGUUAAUAUGCUAUAUCAGAACUUUGAAAAACCUACAACAAUUCAAUCGAUUUCAUGGCCUAUUGCAUUGAGCGGUCGGGAUAUAGUUUCUAUUGCGAAGACUGGGUCUGGCAAGACUCUUGCAUUCAUAUUACCUGGUAUCAUUCAUACGACGAAGCAAGCCCCGCGCCUUAACCGAGAGGGUCCUUCAGUUUUGGUUAUGCUUCCAACUAGAGAACUUGCCCAGCAAGUGCAGGAUGUAUCUAAAGAAUACUGUCGUGCGAUGGGCUUGAGCGUGACAUGCUUAUUUGGCGGUGCCCCAAAGAAUGGACAAGCUCGUGAUCUUGAUAGAGGUUUUUUUUUAAUGCAGAAACAACCGUGAAA